ACGCGAAAUUAGGUGCAUCAAAAGUUCCAAACUUUCAAACACGUAUUCAAUUAGCCAAACGACGUGGAAUGAGUAAUUCAGCCAAAACUUCAUUUCACAGAAGUAAUAGAUCCACGGAUUUAAGUAGUGUUUCCAGUAGUACACCAGCAUCACCUAUAAUGAUGUCACCUUCUCACAGUCGUACCCCAUCAAUGUCUUCAAGAAAAUCUAUUGACAUAACAUCUGUUUAUAGUUUAACAAGUGAACCCACCUCUGCUUAUUAUAAAGACAAUACUAUAAAUCCAUUUGCAAAAUUUACUAAUUUUGUAAGUGCUUUUAUAGUUUUACAGGAUUUCUGUAAAGAAUUAGCUGCUAUUUUAUUUGUUAAAUAUAUGUAUUCUGAUAAUUAUGUUACAAUUAUUGAAGAGGAUGAAGAUAUACAAGAUGACAAUGAUAAUCAGAAUGUUUGUUUUGGUAAUGCUAAAAAUAAUAGCAGUAGUGGUGAUGUGAAAAACAAUACAUUAAAAGAUGAUAUUAUAUUAGUGCGAAAUUGUGAAAAUUUUGCGAAACUGAUGGCUUCUGUUGAAAGAUCUCAGGUCGGAUCCAGUAUUGUACCUAUAAGAGGUGUGAACGAAAGUCAGUUUAAGGAUAAAAAAGAUAAAAAACUAUAA